CUGAUGUGGCAACUAGAAUAAAACCGAACAGAACAUCAAAGUACAUCAGCGUUGAACGUCAGCUUCAGCACAGAUUUGUCAGGGCUUUGGUUGCAGAAAUUGGCAGCUUCCGAUGAAUGAUUUAAAUUGGAAACGUGUAUCGCUCAUACGCUGCCGACCCUUUGACCCUGUUCAAAAACUUUUCACUCCUUACCGUAAUCAGCUCCUCCAGGGCUUUGCCGGUUUCUUUCCACUUUACUUCAAUUUCUUGAGAUUUUCUGAGCUUUUGGGGUCUUCCUGUCUUUGGAAACUGAAGUGGUUUGAAUUUUUCUGGGUCUUUUUCAUAGCUCAUAGCUUUUGGGUUGGAUUUGGACUGAAUUCCGCAUUUUGACGGAAGCUGAGAAUGAUCAAAUCCCUAAUUGAAGAAUGAAUAAAGCUAAAGUAAAGCGCCGAGUGGGUAAAUAUGAGGUGGGAAGAACAAUUGGCGAAGGGACAUUCGCCAAGGUGAAAUUUGCUAGAAAUGCGGAGACUGGGGAACCCGUGGCUCUGAAGAUCCUUGACAAAGAGAAGGUUCUCAAACACAAGAUGGCCGAACAGAUCGAGCGGGAAAUAGCAACAAUGAAGUUGAUAAAACAUCCAAAUGUCAUUCGAUUAUAUGAGGUAAUGGGGAGCAAGACGAAGAUAUUCAUUGUUAUGGAGUUUGUUACCGGGGGAGAACUUUUUGAUAAGAUUGUAAACCAUGGACGGAUGAGGGAAGAUGAAGCACGCAGAUAUUUCCAGCAGCUUAUUAAUGCCAUUGAUUAUUGCCAUAGCAGGGGCGUUUAUCACAGAGACCUCAAGCCAGAAAACUUGCUUUUGGAUGCUUAUGGAAACCUUAAAGUGUCUGAUUUUGGAUUCAGUGCUCUGUCCCAACAAGUCAGGGAUGAUGGCCUGCUUCACACUAGCUGUGGAACACCAAAUUAUGUUGCUCCUGAGGUCCUUAACGAUAGAGGCUAUGACGGAACAACUGCAGACUUGUGGUCAUGUGGAGUGAUACUCUUCGUAUUGCUUGCAGGUUACUUGCCUUUCGAUGAUUCUAAUCUUAUGAACCUGUAUAAAAAAAUUUCGGCUGCUGAAUUUAAUUGCCCUCCUUGGCUCUCUUUUAAUGCCAUGAAAUUAAUAACACGAAUUUUGGAUCCCAAUCCAAUCACUGUAAGUUCUAAUACAUUAGGGAAAUUCUCUCAGGAGCACCAUGUGACAGAAAAGAAGGAAGAACAACCAGCAGCUAUGAAUGCAUUUGAUCUGAUUUCAAUGUCGAAGGGGCUAAACCUUUCGAAUUUGUUUGAUGUUGAACAGGAAUUUAAGAGGGAAACAAGAUUCACAUCUAAAUGCCCUGCCAAUGAGAUCAUCAGCAAGAUUGAAGAAGCUGCAAAGCCUCUUGGUUUUGAUGUACACAAGAAAAACUACAAGAUGAGGCUUGAAAAUGUGAAAGCUGGGAGAAAGGGAAAUCUUAAUGUUGCUACAGAGAUAUUUCAAGUGGCACCUUCUCUUCACAUGGUUGAAGUGCGAAAAGCAAGAGGAGACACUCUGGAGUUUCAUGAGUUUUAUAAAAAGCUCUCAACCUGCCUGGACGAUGUUGUUUGGAAAACUGGGGAAGACAUGCAAGACAUGAAGUAAAUUCCUGUGUCUUUCACUUCAACCAAUUUUGCAAGCUCUCAACCUGCCUGGACGAUGUUGUUUGGAAAACUGAGGAAGACAUGCAAGAAAUGAAGUAAAUGUGUCUUCCACUUCGAAGUGUUGUCCAUAAAAUUGGUUUACUUGCAAAAUGUUCAUUAGUUUCAUUUGUUUGUUCUUUUCUGUCCUGCGUCUCUCUCAUAGGUAGUUAUUGUUGGUAAGCCUGAACAGCUCCCAUAGAGGUUUAACAAUGUUUUUUAGUUACAAUUGGAAUCUUAACUCGAUACUAAAUGAGAAUGAUGUAGAUAUUCUUUCAUUUAUGCA